GGCGCGAACCCCGUUUUGCGUCCUGUAUUGAUUCGUUGGUACCCGCGCUUCCCUGCGGCGUCUUCCUUGCUGUUGUGAACGGUGUCUACGUAUUUCUUCACGUGACGGUUUGAUAUUAUUUUGUGAAUUUCUGAAGAUCCGCAGUUCCAAAUACCGUGAACAAGAUGGGUUCGGAAGGUUACACGCGAGUGUACGUGGGUGGUCUAAACGAAGGCAUCAAGAAGGAAGACUUACAGGUGGAGUUUGAGAAGUUUGGAAAACUGAACAAAGUCUGGGUGGCCUUCAACCCACCAGGUUUUGCCUUUAUCGAAUUCCUAAACGAAGACGAGGCGGAAGUAGCCUGCGACAAUAUGAACGGGACAGAGAUAAUGGGGGCAAAGCUCAGAGUUGAAAUAUCACGGGGUCGAGGCCGUGGGGGUAGUAGAGGAGGAGGCGGCGGCGGUUUCAGAGGGAGUCGGGGAGGCAGCGGGGGUAGUAGGGGGUUCGGAUCUAGGGGUGGAAACGGAGGGGGCUACAGAGGGGGUGGCAGCAGCUACGGAGAUCGUGGCGGCGGAGGCGGAUAUCGCGGAAGCAGAGGCAGUGGGGGUGGUGGUAGGGGCCGAGGCCGUUUUGGCGACGACUACAGCUCUAGUCGCAGCAGCGGCGGGGGCGGCUACGGAAGUCGAGACAGCUACAGCCGCGACAGCUACGGCAGUAGUGGUGGUGGUGGUGGGGGUGGUGGUAGUGGCAGUGACUACUACAGCGGCAGGGACAACGGAUCGUCGAGGUAUCGCAGUCGAUCUCCGGCUGGGCGUGGCAGCCCACGCGACACAUCCCGUUCUGGCUACAAUGACGAUCGCGCAAAUGAGGGCCGCAGUUUUGGGUCAUCACACUAGUCAACAAACAAUCAGUCAUCGUCAUCUGCGUGAAUGCACAUAAAUGAACUACGCUGCGUUACCACUAUGAACUGCGGGCCAUUCAACAACCCGCCUUCGACGACUACGUUCUGUCCAAUCUACGCAGCGAUAUAUGUACAUAUACAAGUUUAAUUACAUAUUACAAUUUACGCUAAAAACCAACAACAAAACGAAACAUAUUAUUUCACAUCUUAUAUUCUCGUUUACGUAUACAUAUACAUAUAUAGCCUGCCAAUGCUUCUUCGAUAUUUUCCAUGAAAAAAGGAAAAAGAAAAAAAAGAAAAACAAUGCGUCUACUUACUAGCUAGUUUGUGGCCAAUGUGUUAUUUGUGUUCUCAUAUCUACGUUUCUAUAAGAAUGACGAACAAUCCAAAUCAGCGUGAAAAGCAGAGCAAAUAAUCUGAAAAAGGAAUGAAUAACAUUCGUGUAUUUUUUUUUUUUUUUUCAUAUAUGACAAAAACUGAGCAUUUGCUCUGAAAGUUUGAUACAGGAUGUCGUAGAGCUGCAUGGCUAAUAAAAAUAAUAAUAAUAAUCGUAAUUUGACAGUUAACUAUACAUCGUUUGCUUCAAAAGAAGCGUAUAAAAAUCAUUGCACCAUCGCACUCUGGAGAAAAAACUUUCCGACAAUCACCGCUUUGCGGUAGAAACUGAUUGGUAAAUAUAUUUUUCUUCCCAUCUUUAUUUUUAGACAGUCAAAUUUUUUUUCAAUUAAUUACAAGUAGUGAUACUUCGCGAGAUUAUUUUUAAAGUCGGAAACCAGAAUACCGUUAUUGUUGUUGAAGGUGAAUAAACAGUUAAAUACUACAAUUUUAUAAUAUUCAAGUAAAUAUUGAACAACAUUUAUUUACUAUUCGUAAUGAUAGAAAUGUUUUUUAUAUACGUACAAAAAGGAAUGAUAAUAAAUACAUCAAUCAGCGUAUUGUACCAAGACAAUGGAUUUAACGUAUCGUAUCGUACGGCUGGCCACAAAAAUUCACUAAGUUUUGGAGCUGAUUCAAAAGCCACUGGCAUACAUGACGUAUCAAAUAUAUAAAUAUAUCUAUUUAUAUAAACUUCUUCCCUUAAUUUUUUUCGUCUCACAUUUUCGCCGCUUGUUAAAAAAUCAAAAUAUAAAUAGGACAUACAUAUUUAUGUAGCAAUAUCUAUAUAUCUACAUGGUUGGUAUUAUGCCGAAAAAAGGAAUGGA